AUGAUAUUAGCUUAUAUUGUUGGAAUAGUUUUCCUUUUACUGUUGGCAGCCAUCUUUUUAGGAAGGUAUGUAAUGUGUGGUUGACCUCACUAUAUGAGCGCGCUGAAGCUUUUUUUUCUCGAAGUGUCUUACAAUGCAUUUGAUGGGUUACCUAAGUUAAUUUGAUAGGAAUGUAACCUAUUGUAUCAAAUAUUGAAGAUAGCAUCUAAGGUGAAAUUCUUGAUUUAUUUUUGAGAAGGAAAUGCAAGUGCAUUUUGGUGAUUAUCUGUGCUUGUUUAACAACAACAAAAACAGCAACAACAACAACAACGAUAACAACAACGUUUCGUUCGCUCAACAUAAAUUCGUAAAAUAAGCGAAUAGUUUUUAAUCAUACAAUUAUACAACUGACUGAAGAAGAAAUUAGAUUUUUAAAUGUACUCUAGAUGUAAAUAUAUUUGAAUGUCUGAAAUCCACUGGCCAUAACCUAGCGUGGCUUUUUUUUUUCCAAGGUUCUUUGCUUGGCUUCUGGAGAUCUUUGCUCAGUAUGUUCUUCAGCUGGAUCUAAAACUUGACACACUUGGCUUAUUUGGUGCAAAUGGUAUUGAAAUUAAAUUCAACAAUGGGUUGAAAAUUGUAAGUGGAAAUUGUAAGCUGCAUGAAUUCAGAAGCUUGUAUGUUGGACUCUGAUGUGAGAGGUUAAGGGUUUGAUCUUCGGCCAGGGGACCUUGUUUCAAAGGUUCUGGUAACUUACAGUGACAGGCUGUUAAAGCUGUUCUGUUUUCUUUAAGAUGGGUUUUUUUUUUACCUAAAUGAAACUAUCUGCCAAAGAAACAAAAUGAAUCAGUUAGGGUGCCAGAACUUUCUUCUCUAACCUUCAUUCUUUAUUUCAAAAUAUGGCUCACAGACUGUUGAGUUACCAGGACUUUUGACACACAGGUCCCUUUUUUCAAGGCUUAAUGUCAUGUGGGCAAGUUGGAAACCAAAUCAUUGGAAGGGUUUUUAUUUGGUGUUGUUGUGGUAAUGGGUACCUUAAGGUGGGCUGUGGCUCAAUAGCUGUCUGCAAAAGUGACUUAAUUAGGAUUGGAACUCAGAUUGCUUGAUCUAGAGGUUAGCACACAACCUCUUGGAAAAGUUGCCAAAUGAGAUUCAAGACAUACAUGUGAGUUAAAAGAGUCCUUCUAAUGCAUGAUUACAAUUUAGGAUAAACUAGCCUAUACCUUUUAAACCUUUUUACAGCAACAUGUAUGUUGUUUCUACUUUGUUUCUUGUAGGGAAUAGAAAAUAUAGGUCUCCACUGCAAGUGGACUCUAACUGACUCCAAGUAAGAGUGAUAUUAUUCAGAAAACAGUUAAUCAUGUAUUGAUUUAAUUUGUAGUUGUGAAAAACAAGCAUUAAUUUUAUUUUUGAAUACUCACCCACUAGUGCUCUAGAAGAAAUGAGAUAUGCUACUUGGGUGGAUAAGAGUUGAAAAGUUUUUAGGCUACUAAUCAGGAAUUUAAAACCAUUUUGUAGGAGGCUUUUUACAGUGUUCUUUAGAAGGGUUGUUAUAGAGGUAAUAAAGAUUGAGGUUGAUGGCAAUGGUACCCAUCAUCUGGAUCAGGCAUCAAGCCAUGGCAGUUCAUCAAAAAACUUUGGUAUGGGUUACAUACUGUAUUUUUUUUGUCGGUAGUCAAUGAUAAAAUAAAAUUGUUUAAUUUCUCUUAUAGAGACUAAAUUGUGUCCACAUUCAGCUUGACAUUCUCAUUUUAACAUCAUAUUUUGAGCUCCUGUUUGGGGUUGCUGAAAGGAUCUUGUGUAUCCCUCUCAGUCUCUCAUAUCCUCUGUGGUCUUCCUCCUUCUCUUUUCCCAUUUAUCCUUUCUUUAAGAUACAUUUCUCAACCACCUCUCUUUUCAAAUGAUAAGAUUACUUCUGGAUCAUACCUUUUUCUCCUCUUAAAGCUCUCUUAGUACAAGAGUGGUGUUUUAAUUUCAAACAGAAUGAAAUGAAAAUGAAAACUUAUAGGUAUAAUUUUAUGUAUUAAUAGUAACUAUGCAGUAUAAUGUACACAUUAGUCCUAUGCAUGGUCAGGAAGAAAAAUAAGAUAUUGAAACAGUUACUUCAUAAAACAUAACAUUUGAUUUUUGUACUCCUGCAGUUGGAAAACACAAGAAAACAAUCAAACGAGUUUUAAGAAAGUGUUGUCAGGUAUGUUAUUUACUUGAAAUCGCUUAAUUCCAGCAAAAGUUUUGAUUAUGACUGACAUUAAAUUUUGUUUGUCAGAAAUAAUGAAUGACUUAAAUUUUUUCUAUUGUCAUUGUAGUUAUCUAUUAGUAAGUUUAUAGGGUGGCAUAAAUACUCCAACUUGCUGGCAAAAGAUGAUAGGGAUAUGUGUUUGUUAUCUGAUCAACUAUUCCUUCACCUUGUAACAGAAAAGAACCUGUUACAUCUUUCUGACACUUAGAAUUUCUCAAAACAAGUUAUAUGUAUGCCUGGAUAAGUUUCAAAUUAAUUGUGUAGUUAUAAGAAGGUGAUAAAGUCAGUCUUUAUCUUAGUCAACUAUUAUGUUAUGAUCAUGAAGUUUAGUACCAUUCUGCUUCUAUCACACAUCUAAAUAAACUUUCUCUUGAUUUAUUAAAUAGUAUGUAGGUAUUCACAUUUCCAGUGUAGAUGUCAACCUUGGUAACAAACAAUUACCUGGUACAUUUUUCCAAUGUACUCUGCCCAAUGGCAUGCAGUUUUGUGCAAGAUCUGAUCAUGAUCGGUGAGGUUUAGUUCAUUUAUGAGUACAAAUACCUGUUAAUUGGGCAGUGGAACUGCAAAUUCAUGAUUAGCUCUUACACCAGGUUUCAAAUGAUUCAUUGUCUUGUAAAAUAUGUUGUCUUUCAGUCUAUGUUCAACCUUGGAAAUAAGCAAGAUUGGGACACGAUUAUUCCAAGCAGAUAAUGAAAGUGUGCAGGUAAAAUUCUGUCUGUUAUUAGAGAUUAAGAAGAUUUUAAGUGGCAUUUCCAUAUCAUCUAAUAACAAUAGCAAACUUAUAUCUAUUUCCCACAAGUACUAUACACAAUGAUAUAAUUUUACCAGCAUGUUUUUCAAUGUUAGGAACCAUUAACUUUAGUAUUGAAAAAUUAACUCAACCAAAUUCAUUCUUACAGGGCACAACCACUGUUGCAGAGUCAUCCAACCCUUUUGCAGAGAUUUCGUGUUCAGUCCUCGCAGAAAUUUCCGUUGUGCCAUUCGAAAGAAUUCAAUUGAUGGUAAGUUGCUACCCCUCACCUUCCUUCUAGAAAUCAUACACCUUAUUUUGAAUAAAAUUAUUCAAAUGGAUAACAUGACAUCCUAAGAUAGAAGAGUUAAGAAUUUUGUCUCCUUUUGUGCAUCUUGAAAAAACUAGCCUUAUGUAAGGCAUAAAUGUUUGUUAGCCUGAACCCCUCCCACGCCCUUUUGUUCUACUCUGAUCUAUUCUGCACCCCCCCAAAAAAAAAUGUGAUGUUCAUGAUAAAUUUUGAUGGCUGUUCCCAAUCUAAAAGCAUUUCUUUAAACAUUAAAAGUCACAUAACUUUAUACAGUUUCACAAUUCUUUAAAAGUGAACACAUCAAUUCUGAGCCUCACUGAGCAAGUUGAUUAAUUUACCCUUCAUUACAGACAGCAUCUGUGAAUGUGAAAAAUACAGAUAUUUUACUUUCAGAGGGUAAGUGCAUGAUAGUGUUCCUUUUUCUGUCAGGUACACUUGAGGCUACCCACAGUGAUUUUAUAUUGUUUUUAUUAGUGAUGUGCAACAUAUACUUAAUGGACAAACCUCUACAUAUCAAUUACCAACUCAACAGUCUAAGUAUAUUACUUGUUUUGGCUGCAUUCUUCUCCAAUGACCAGGGUGCACAUGCAUGGCAUGGUAGAGUCCACCCCAAAGGAGCAGAACCCCAAUGCACAGAUCACAAACCCCCUUUGGCUCCACUAAAAAUUAAUUGAGACAGUGGCAUAUGAAGCAAAUUUUUGCUAAAUUCAAAGUAAAAUUGCUUAAAAUCAGGAAGGUCUUCAGAAGCUUAAACAUGCAGUACCUAAAUAAUUAUUUUUUAAAUGGGAUAUAUGUGGUUUAUGGAGAAUGUCUCUCCUUUUACCAUUAAGAACUUUUUUUUAUCACAAAUCAUUCUUUAAAGGAUUGCUUGGAGUUAGAAAAUCUCAAGAUGGUAGCACUCUGGAAGAUACUCAGACUCAUGACCUAUCCUCCCCACCUAGACCUUUGACACUGAUGGAAGUCCAAGAGAAUAUCUUAAGGUUGCCAAAGGUAAAGAACCUGGAUGUAGCCAGCUGUUUUUAGAUUUAUCGUUAUUUUUAUUGAUAAGGACUGUAUGUUCUCUAAUUGGUUUGUUAAAAUAUUUAAGCAUAUGGGUAGUUUGAUUUUCUUUAUUUGAUAUAUUUAAUAUUUUGAAAAUUGACAGUAGGAUGUUCUCUUCUUUAUUCAGGAUGUCAAUGUUGCCAUGGAGAGCAUAACUGUUACUUUUCUAAACAAAGAUAAAAGGUAUUGUUGUUUUUGUUGCUGUUGUUAUUGUUGUUGUUGUUUUAAUUUCAAGGUUUAUAAGGCCUACAAUCUAAGUCUUUUUUUGUUUUUCAGAAAAUUUGUGUUGGAGGUAAACCGAGUAGACAGCCAUCUUCAUUCUCAGGAAGAGUUAGAUACGAACUCAUCAGAUACCACUCAGUGUGGUUUGAGUUUACAGAUAUCAGGUAGUGUUAGUAACAGUAAUCAAUCAGCUUUUGGUUUGGAGUCACCUUAAACAUGUUGUCUGUAAUUAUUGUAAUUGCAUAUUUUACAUUUGAUUUUCUCCUUCAUCAAUCCCAGGAGCAACUGCUAGAAGUACACAAUCUCACAAGAUUUUUGAAUGGACCAGGCUUAGAAUUACCUCAAAGGUACUUAUAGAAAACGAAGACAUGCACUCAAGAAAACAUCCUCCUGAAAUUAUGAUAUUACUCCACUGGUUCCAAUCAUGUGGCAGACUGAUACAGUAAACUGGGAACAAACAACAGUCAUGUUUAAAGUUUCUUUUCAGUAUGGUUCCUGUCAAACCAUGUCUUUAUCCAUCAUUCAAUAUAAAUUUUUGACAGUUUUCUUUAUGUAAGGGAGCUUAUCUCCACACAUAUGGAGGAGGGAGGGGAGAAUGGGAAUCAGUUUUCCUGUUAUACACACUUCCCAUCAAUUUGCAUUUUUGUUUUUGUCAUUCACAGCUUUCUUGCCCCUAUGAUACCAUGGCACUAACUUCUACGUUACACGUGGAAUCUGUCCACUACACACAUGUCCAGGAGGAAUUUGUUUAUUGGUUGGAAUACUUCAAGUCUAGAAGAAAACAUAUGUCACUGAAAAAAAUUACUGCUCCAGAACUUACAAAAAUUGAUCAACAGUAAGUUGUUCCUUCUGAAAAGUAACUCACUUUUCUCUUUUUGCUGAUCUAAUCAUUGUUGUUAAUUUGAUAUAUGCUUGUUCUCCUCUUGUUCCUUGAAGGUCAAAGAUAAGUAUUUUGUCCAGACUUCCUGCAGAGUUGGAGGUGACAACCUCCAUAGAUAUGACAGAUUGCUCCACAAGUAUGUUCAUUUCCCUUCCUCAUCAAAAUGCUCAGCCCUUGAGUCAAGCUGUGUUUACAUCGCUCACUGGGGAUGUCAAAAUGUCAGCACAAGGUAAAUUGGGAUAACUUACUUUGACUGGACUUGCAUUUAAAUUUUUUGGACAAGAAAAUCAUGCAAAUAAGUUAUCAUACAUAUGAGUCUUGUGCACAAAAUUUCUUACUGCUGGUACCACUGGCCCACAAGAGGGUGACAAAGGGUCUAGAUGCGAUGUUCAAUGACGGCCAACAUUGAUAUGUGACAAAAAGACAGGUAUGAUGGGUGAAUUUACUAACCAGUACAAAGGAAUCAUGUGCCUCCUUAAGUGUCAGUGACAUGUAAAUUUUUCAUAUUUUUCUCAAGAUUUCCUUGAAACCUUGUACACAAGAGAAGAGAUUUGAAGUUUUUCCCUUUUAUAUGACACAUGACUUUUUUUUAACAUUUAUGCAUGAAACAUGAGAGAGAUUGCCUGCCCCCCCCCAUUUCACCUCACCCCACCUUCCUACUCUCACAUGAGAUGGGGUUUUUUAUUGUUUGAGCUUUCAAAGUCAAAACAAACAGACUGCAAAUGGUGAAUUAGGGAUUGUCUCAAUUUUUUUCGUCUGUUAUCUAAACAGAUUUGCAUCAUGUUACCACUGGAAGGGAGCUGAGGUAAAUAUUAGUUUAGUGUGUUUUAAUUUUCCUUAAAUGCACACAGUGUUGUAGUAGAGGAGCAGGAUAUACUGGGACUAUGUUUCACCUCUCCUUGGUUAUCAUGGAACUUGGUUCUGAUUCAUUUGAUUCUAAUUCAUUCUUAACCUGUUUCUAGACAAAUAUUUUAAAAUAUUUUACUAUUAUUCACCAAAGUGGAGCUGAAGAGUGGUGGAUAUUUACAAAGCAACCAAGUUACAAGGGAAAUAUCCACCUCUUUCACCAACUCUGAGGAUAAUAAUUGAUAGUAUAUGCCACACGGAAACCAAAAAGUCAUUUUUGUUUUUUGUUAAUACACUGAAAAAUGGUCAGAAAUACAUCUUGAUGCGUGAUUUUGUCUCUUUGGCUGCUGAGAGGUGAAGAGUACUUGCUAAUCAAUCAGUGCACGCGAUGAGCACUAUUCACCCAUAUGAAAAAUACUAACACUUUUCAUGUGGUGUUCCUGCCAACCAGUAUCAACCUACAACUGGAAAACUGUUAUCUAUAUAUGGAUACAAGUCAAACAGCUUUUGUUGAAGUUUCUAAGAAUAGUGUUUUAUUAAACACUUUACAAGACUAUCAGUCCCUUCUUCCAAGUUCUUCUAAACAUGUCUGGGGCAGAGUGCUAGCUCUUGGAGGCUGCAGUGUUAAGGUAAUCUUGAGUGCUAUUGCAUUAACAUUAUGUAACACUUCACUGAUACCUGCUCCCCAUUUAUGAUUCUGUGUAAUGAGAGGUGAGGCAUAAAUGAUCUGUUUUGCCUAAGAACACAACAGAUGAAUCCAGUCUGAACUCAUACCUGAACCUGCCCAUGUAGUUAUUGUAUUUUUCUCUUUUCAAAAUGAUAUCCACUUUCAAUUUUGAUAAUGGCUGUAAGUUUCCAUUUGUGUCUAUUUUAGGUGACAACUGAACUCAUGGAAGGUAUUGAGAUACCAGCCAGUGUUAGAGUGACUGGCGAAGUGAGUUCAUUGUUCCUUGAGUGGUCACAUGAUGUAUGCAGAUUGUUGCUUGAGUGGUUGAAGCUGAGUUCUUUUAAAUCUCAAAAUACUACAGAGGAAACAAAUUCCACAAGCAGACACAUAGGUAUAAAUCACUGAAAAAAAAGAAGUGACUAUUAUGCCAUUCUUAAGACGUGUGCUGGUACUUAAAUGAUUUCAGAUGAAAGUUAAAAAAAAGCAAGUCAUUUUUCAAGCUGCAUAGGCCUAUGGCAUGAGUGCAAGUACUAAUCUUUAGAAAAAUUUUCAAGUGCUAACUUUUACCUAAAAAGCAUAAGAAAUAACUGGAUUACUUGUUUUAAGAUGAUAACGUGGUAUUUGAUAUUAAUAUUUGUCCUUAACUUUUUUGCACUUUUUUCAAUGAAAAAAUAUGUAAUGCAUCAGUGUAACUCUUAUGUUCAACCUCAUGUGCAAUUUAUAUAGUGAAAUGAAUUUUUUUUUCUUGACAGUGCUUGAUUUGGAUUUUAGAGUUUCUGCAGUUAACUUGUUUUAUCUUGGAGGACUAGAAGGUUAGAAUGUCAUUUUAUCACCCAAGAUGGGAUCAUUUUUACCAGAUGGGUGUACAAAUGGGUACCAGCAAAUAUGCUAGGGGUAACCCUCUGAUGGACCAGCAUCCCAUCUAGGGGGGAGUAGCAAUACUCUUAGCCGCUUCAAGCUAAAGGAAACUGGAGUUAAGCGCUGGCCCCAUGGGCCACUUGGGCCUGUAUAAAGGCUUUACUUUUUACUUUCACAGCUUGAUCAUCACCUUACCAAGUGUACACUAAAAUUUGUCACUUUGUAUUGCACAGGAGGAGUGGAUUCCUUUAUGAUGAGAGUUGAUAUGGUAGUAAUGAAUGCAACAUCAAUUCCUGAAUGGUCAAUUAACAAUGAAAUCUUUGGAAUGAAACUAUGUCGUCUGAUUGGAUUAGAAAAGGUACGAGGUGUUUCUCUGAGAUAAGCAUGGCCUUCUUUCUCCCUCUUCUUCUUUAUUGCUUCAUAGUUUCAGUCCCAAUAAGAAAGACUGCUUGUUGGUAAAGUUGGACAGUGAAGCUCCUUAAGUAUAUAUUUUCUUUAAGAAGAAUUACCAGACUAAACUCUCUAAAAUUACCCUCUCUAUUUUCUAAAGUAUUUGGGACUUUUUUUUUUGUUUGCUCACAGGUGCCAUACAAAUGUGUCGUCUCUAUGGAAAUAGAUAGUGACCUUCUCAGCAUCCCUUUUGCUACUGUUUCAAUUUCAGGAGAAAAGGUGAGAUUGAUAUCACAUCUUCAACAAUUAUUGCUGAGGGAAAGGAUAGCUUGCUGGAUAAUGCUGAGUGAUUAUGCCAAAAUGUGCUCUAAUGCUCAACCACUUAGAGUACACACAGCAUUUCUUUAUUCAUCUAAGCAAUUAUUUCUUAUUUUUGAAUUCCUCAAAACAGAUUCUGUUUGCCCCCUUUCCCAAAAGUGCAUGCUUAGUGGCCUUCUUGUCCUUGGGAAAGUCUUGUUUUAAUUAUUUUGUACUGGCCAGAAAAGCUAAUGUACUUGAAAGUAAAAGAAAGGUUACCAGGGUGGCUAUUUUAAAAAAGGUUUGUACUCAUAUUAGUAAAACAAAUAGUUUUUGUUUACAUUUCAUCUUACAGACUUGUUUGAUGUCUAUUAAAGAAAUAUUGAUAAGUUGGGAUUCCACUUUACACAUGGCCAUUCAUGAAAGAAUGAAAGAACUAACUAACGAUGGUGCUGAACUGAGAGGUAGGCAGAUGUUUAUAUGGGACAAACUAGCGCACAUGAUGUAAGGACAAUAAAGUAGGACCAAUUACAUCUGUGUGAUUUGGAAACUUUGAGUCUCAACACACAGAUUCAAACCUGUUAUGGGAGUGAGAGGGUUAAAAUACACAGCAUGUAACAUCCCCUCAACUUUUUAUUCUUUCUUCAGUUGAUACUUCUUGAAUCUCACAGAUCAUUUACGCACUGCUUUGCUUUCUUACAGCUUUACUACAAGCAUCUGUGAAAGAUACUGAGAAUUGUUCUCCACCAGAAAAAGAAAGCACACCCCUUCAUCUUGUCUGCAACAUUACAUGGGUUAAAUUUCAGAUGCAAACUUCACCAAAGACCAGGUAUGUUUCUCUCCUACCUAAUUAAUUAAAACACAAUAAUUUUCCAGCAAGCAGAUCAUGUGCUGUCUGCAUUUACUAUAUCAAGAAAUUGUUAGAAAUGUAAAAGUUUCUGUUUUCUUGAUUUUGCCAAAGCUUUGGUGUAGAAUGCAAGAUUUGUUCAUUGUCAUUGGAAAAUGGUGCACUGGAUAUGAAAUCUGACUAUACUGGUUUACUCUUUGAUAAUCAAAGCAUAUUUAAAUUUGAGGUGAGGUUUGUUUUAUUUUUCAAAGUUAAGAUGAUCACAUUCUCUGUUUCUUGUUUUUCUUGUGUGUAAACUUUUUUUCUUCUUUAGGCUUCUGUAAUGGUAUUGACUACUACUAUUUAAAGGUAAUGUACUUGAUUGGGAACAGAAAGGUUUGCAUUCAAGUGCUGACCGGGAGUUUGGAUAAAAGCUGUCUUCAGGCAGUCUACUGCUGCCCAUAAGACCUCUAACCACUGUCUGUUUAGCAUACCUCCAGAAUCCCCUUCAGUGGAGAAAGUGGCAUUAAAUUUCUGGGUACAGCCACUUCUUACAAUAUCAGCAGCCCCUUAUGGAAAAAGUUAUUUAAGCCCCUGACUGAUCGGCAUGUUGGAGUUGGUGUUGUGGGUAACACUCUCUUCUCACACAGUGUCUUGUUCACUCAGGGGUGUGAAUGGAUACCACCCAAUGGUCUUUUCAUUAAAAUGCUACAUGCUUAGUAAAUUUGCAACAACCUUAAUGUAAUGUUUGUUUUUACUCAGACAAUUUCUAUUAGGAGACUUCAGCAAGUCGAGGAAGUUCUGAAAGCGAGACAACAAUUCAGGGAGCUGAAAACACAAAACAACACAACAUGGUUUGUAUAAAUAUUUAGAGUGAUAAUUUGUACAAUUGUACUUGUAUUAACUAAAUCACUGAGCCUGUAUUCAUCACAAAAAACAUAGGUAAACCACUACUCAGUAACUUUGGUUGCAAGAUAAGUUGUUGUAUCCUUGCCCUACUGGAAUGGCUUAAUUUUAUCACCAACAAACUAGGUUUUUAUUAAUGCACUGAAUCAUCAAUUUUUCCAUAGGAUUAUUCAGGCAGAAAUGACACAAGUCUGUUUUCCUUUCAUGUUUAAUUUUGCUGCUUCAAGAGAUGAGGUUUGCCCCUUUCUUAAUUCCCUACAUUGUACAUGAAUUCUCCACAGGGCAAAGCCUGUGAAAAAAUGUGUCAAUUUUUUAAGUGUUUGUGUUAUUCAGGAGAGCAGACACAGUGGCGUGGGGUGAGUGCCAGGAAAUUAUGAAGGCUCAGAUGCACUUGCUUUACACUUGCAACAGCUUGCUUGAAAAAUAAAAAAAAAAGAAAUUGAUAUUGUGAAGGUUGCACUCAGCCACUCAGCUGGAUUUGUUUCUUAGCAGUCUCAAGUUAAUCUCCUCUGCUUGUACAUAGACAAAUGCUUUGCCUUCAGCCAGGGUGAAUAUUUGGAUUUGAACUGUUUCAUUUUUUUAUACUCAGUGUCCCCACUUAGAAAAGAGCCAUACUCUUCCAUAACAUUAUUAGUAAAUUCAAAGAUAGUAUUAGUGUUAUUUUUCAUAGGCUUACCACUGCCUCUUUUCAGCUUGUUAACGUGUUUAAGAUGCUAAAGUCACUUCACGGUAAACCCAAGGAUGAGUCCUACGUUGAACAACUUCCUCCAGAUUUAUGGCUUAAUUUUGAGGUAAAUGCAUCGGGUCAUUUUAAUUUUAGAUGUAUUGAAUGUUAGAAAAAUACAAAAUAUAUGGUUGAAACUUUUAUUUAUUGUAUAACUUUAAUUACCAAUACGUUUUAUUUUGUUCUUAUCCUUUUUUCCUUAACCUCAAAUAAUUUUUUCAAUUUAAAGAGAAUAACCUUUGAGAUUGAAGAUGAUCCAUUCGAAGUCAAGUUGAGGGACAACUAUGCUGUAUGUACACUUUUCAAACAGUUUCUUUCAUGUAAUAGUGUAGUUUGAACGUCUGGGUGAGUGUAGUCCUGAGAAGGACUGUUAUCGGUAGUGGUGACUGACGUUUCGACAACCUGAUGGGAAGUGGCAUUUGGUAUAAUCAACUGAGUUGAUAACGUAAAUUGGCCACUGUUCAGAGUUUGACAGCUGACGUUUCGAGUGUUAGCCCUUCGCCAUUCGCUCUCAGCUGACGAACGACUAACAAUCGAAACGUCAGCUUUCAAACUCUUAACCCUUUAACUCUUAAGAUCUGAUUGUUAAUUCUCUACUCUAGCUGAUAUACAUUUCCUUGUAAAUUAGCUAUGAGAACUUGGUGCUAGAUCAGAUAGCAGCUUCUACCUGAUAAGUUCGAAUAUUCUCAGUACCUGUUUGCAGAAUAAUGUAUGGAUAUUAUAGGGAGAAGUUUCAUGUCAAUCACUUCUGGGAAUUAAAGGGUUAAUGGUGGCCAAUUUACGUUAUCAGCUCAGUUGAUAAUACCAAAUGACCUUGCUAUACUCUCCCACCGACGCAGCACCAAAGUUUUUUUAAAAACUACUCCCCUUAUUCGGUAGUGUAAUGAUGUUUCUAAAGACGGGGUUUGUUCAGGCCUGGAUGGCCCUCUGGAUUGUAUGCGGAUAUUAUUUUGGUACAAUUGUAUUUUUUCCUUUUUUCCUCAGUUACUGCUUGAUGAGAUGGAACAGUGGGACGAGAGACAGCAGCUACUGGCAGCUAAGUUAGAUGAGAUCCGAAAGAAGCCUGGAAACUUACUAACAGGUUAGGUUACCUGAAGAGGCGGUUAUGGGAGUCCAGUGGCACAAGGGGGUUUUGCUUCGUUAAAUAACAAAUGAGAUGAUCUGUAAUACAAAUUAUCAUAAUCAUGAAAAGAAUAUGGCAUAAUCCUGAGAGUCAAUAUUACCAGGAGCCAAAUCAGAACUUAAUAUAAACAUGCGUGGAUGAUCGUAGGAGUGAGGACACGAAGUUAGCAAGUUGAGAAUGGUUUUCGUUUUGCAUAUGAUGAGGAUACAGCAAAGCUUUCCCAGACAAGUGGCAGCGCGCAGUGACGUAAACGGAUCAUUACAAAUACACACUUUCAAAGCUCCCUUGAAACCUGCUUUAUCCUUAUUUUGACUUCCUAUGAAUAUCUUGGCCUCAAAAGGAUUGAGGGAUACUGUAUUUAAGUUCUGAAACAACUGAAAAACAUAGCAACAUUUAAAAACUACAAGUUUUGCUGUGCCAACCAAAUUCGUCAGAGAAUGAAAUGUUUACAGGGGAGAUUCUGAUUUGAUUUGAAUUUGUUAUGGUAGUGAAAAAAGAAGAAGAACUGAAGCGGUCUUUAGAGGAAAAAAAUUCUCAGAUCUACAUUCGAAGGUCCCAGGUGAGUCACACGCGAAGGUUCACAUCACGUCUCACACGUAUCUUACCUUCUAAUUCGUAUCACGAAAGAAAGAUUUUAGAUAUUCCUUUAGACAGAUUUCAUGAGAAUUCUUCCGAUCAGGUGACAUGCAUGUACUUGUGUUACCCUAUAACAAAACGCCAACCAGGGAGGCCAUGGAUUAUCACUCUCUCAUUAUCUUCUUUACCAGUUCUUCUACAAGUAUCGCGUGAUAGUAAGGUUAUUUUAAAGUUGACCAAGAACACGAUCCUUAGAAGGUUUUAUUGACUGAAGGAAUAAAAGUGUCCCUGAGGUUACAACCCUAGCUUAUCCGCCCCGUCCACCCCCUCCCCCCCCCCUCUCACUGGGACAAGAAAUAGAAAGAGUUGAAUGAUUCACUUGGUUUAAAGUCCUAACUGAAACAGUUAACCCAAUCUUCUGUUCACUUGCAGUUCUGAACUAAACAAAUCAAACCAUGGCACUGGUCUCGAUAUCCUUGUUUACCAGAGGAAGUCUUCUUAAAUUUUAAUUACCAUUAGCACCACCUUUUGAUAUGCCUACCAUCAUCCAACUUUUGGUAAGCCCUGAACAUGAACAAAUAUAUGACUUUCAUAUAUUCUUAACCGUAUUUUGGUAAGCCCGUUGUUAAGGUUUUGAUGUAAGGUGACAUUUUUUCUUGAUGUGCCACAACAGACUCUGUAUGAGCAGACUCCGAUGAGAACCGCUCUACUGACCUGGGAGUUUCACGGCUUGGAUCUCAUUGUUUUGGCUGACGAGUCUUACCAUGGACAGGAAAAGGCCAUGAAGAUCAUGAAACAACUCAACAGUGAUAGGUACAUGCAUGCUCUUUCUUAAUCUAUUAUGUAGUUUUGAGUGUCGUAACUUGCUUCAUUCCUUUUUUCCUCUGUUUGUACCUUUGUCAGCGUUUUAACAUUACCUGUAAUAACAAUAAGUUUUAACAGUACGAAAAAGGUGUAAAAACUCAUAUUUCCAAACCAUCCGCUCUGUGAUUACGUACGGGUAGUAUGCAUAAAAGAACACUUUUUUAUGGGGGGUGGGGGGGGGUUAGGGGAGAGGUUUAGGGGAGUGGAGGCAGGUGCAAGUGGAGUGAAGGAAUGUAGAGUGUAGGAGCGAAGAGCGAGAGUCACGUAAGUUACUCCGGUGGGGCGCUGUGCUUGCCUUGCUAUCAUCCUCACUAGCAUAAAAAUGCAAUUGAAUAAAGUAACCGUCCAAAUAAGGUAGUUGUUAUGACUUCUGUUGAUCAGAUAAACUAAUAUCGUCCUCCCACUUUAGCCCAUACCCAGCUUCACGACUUAAGUUUACAACACUGUGGUGCCGGACAAUUCAAGGACAACUUCAGUCACAGAAGGUUUGUGAGUGAGCCGUUUUAUCAAAUGCUACUCCACGGCUCGAAAUAUUUACUCUUUUGCAAAAGUAAAUACUGAUUGAUACGAUUUUCUAUGCCCGCAUUGCAGUGUUGUCUGAGAGAUUUUCCUCAGCCAAUUUUUACCUCAAAGUCAGUUGAAUUACAAGGAACGCUUCUUGGUGCGGAACAAAAACCAGCAGACCGAGGUAUGUUUUUGAUGAGUUAUUGUGCUGUUUUGCAGGGCCACGUUGAUGUUUCAUUUUACUUAAGCGUUUAAUUGUGGUUUCCUCGUCGAUCUAUAAAGGUUCUACUGAAUGAGGCUAAUAUUACAGUACUGCAGCUUUUACAGACUAAUUUUUUAAAAUUAUGUUUCAGCCAAACGAGAAGCCGUGGUAGAAAUUGGCAAGCCUUGGGACAAUAUGACGAUAUCUCGAAGUCUAAGUUCCUUGAAGUUCUUUUAUGAUCUGAAGUUUGGUAUGCCAAGUUCAUGGUGCUUAAUGUUGCACUGCACACCUUUAAGGCGCAUAAUCUAAUGUGUUCUUAGAGCACAUACAAUUGAAAGGUGGUUUUUUUUUUCACUCUGGUCCGAGCUCUUUAAAAAGGGAAAUCGUUGAUAUAUCGUCAACGAGUGUGGUAAACUAUCUGUUUUAUCGAUUCGUCGUUAUUGAGAAACCACUUUAAAACGGAUGAAUUUAUAAUACUCUUCUUGUGGCUCAAUGUGUGUGGUAUACUUUAUUUUUUGUACUUCAGAUGCAGAAAUUGUUGAGAUGGCGUGGGGUGUGGACAUUGAACCUGUCUUAGCUAUGGUGUCUUUCACAUUUGGUAUUAUUAAUUUUUACAAUUUUUUUCUCCAUUGGUAACUGCAAAAUUUAGUAGACUUAUGUUGGUUAUGAUCCAAUUUUUCCUGUGGAGCAAGUUUCUCUCUGUUAACACUGUGCCAAAUAUUAUUCUUGCAGAAAAGUUGAGUUCUCCAAGUCGUGACGCAAGCAAGCCUCUUCCUUUCUUUGACAAAGUAUGUUUUAAACGAACGUUUGAUUGUAAUUUUUUGAUAACUAAAGGGGCCCGCUGACUCCAGCCAAGGGAACGCAAACGUAGCUUGAGGUAUUAUAAAGUGUGAAAUAGCAGAUAGAUGACUGAAAAAAUGCUAUUCAUGAAAAAUGGUGAUAAGUUUUAGAUAACGUGAAAAAGAAGGGUUUUUUGCCAUGAUUUGUGGUGAUUGUUUAAAUGUUCAUCCCACAGAUGCGCCUGCUGUAUCAUGGCCAUCUCCACCUAGCCAUGCGCGAAUGGUACCUGUACUUUAGUGCAUCCAGGAAUCCUUAUGAUACUACAGAGAGGAUGCAGUGGGAGUGGAAACAGGCUAAAUUUGAUUGGACCAAUGGUAUGUGAAUGAAACAAUUCCCUGUUUCCGUAAGCGUUUUCGAAGAGACUCUAUCCUCUUUUAUACCCCUGUGCUGAAUGGACAUUAUUUUUUCGUGGAGUUAAACUGUAGCUCCAAGUAUCUUGCUUGAUUAUCUUAGACUUUCAAACGAGGAGCCAUUCUUUAGCAUUACGAGUCUGAGCAAUCUGUUCUGGUUACUUUCCAGGUCGAAUUGUUGUUGAAGGUGAUUUUGACCUGCAUACCAGGGCAGCAUCUAAGUAUGAUGAUCGACAGGUUCUCCAUUUGCCUGCAUUUAAAUUAUGGUGAGUUAAACGUCGACGAGAAAGCAGGAUGAAAAUCAGGAUAGAUAAAGGGUACAUAAAGAAUGCAUUGCUUGGGAGAACUCGAUUUAAACGCGUGUACACACCCUUGAGCGCGGAAAAAUACAAAUGGCAAAGUCAUAGUUGGUUUUACUUUUGCAUCUGAUUGGUGGAGAGGUUUGUGCGAAUUUCCAGGCAAAUGAAAGAGCAAAGUUAAGCAAAACCAGUGAAAUCCUGAAUUAUUUUCAACACCUGAAAAUUGCUAAAAAUGUCUGAUCCUGAUUCUAGCACAAGCAUGAAGUGGCAUUGUCAGGGUGAUCCAAAUGAUCAUCACUCAGUGAUUCAGUGUGCUCCAGACAAAAUACCACAACUGGCUCCUAACCAGGUAUGUAGGAAUGCAGCAAGAAACAAAAGGGAUGGUUAAUAAUUAUCUGCUAAUGAUUUUGAGUUUUUUUUUUUUUUAGGUUCAUGACUCAUAUGCAGCUUUCAGAUCUCAAAACCUUACUCUGGACGUUUCCCUAGAAACAGGAUUGACCAAUAAAAAGGUUUGUUCAAUGAAAGAGUUCACUUAAUGGUAUCAAUGAUAUCAAUGAUGAACAUGAAUUUUAAAUCUUUUAAAUCCAGCUAUUUUAAUAUAUUUACCAGCUUGAUAAAACAUCAAACUAUCCUUACUAAUUUACAAGAAAAUCUACAGCUGUCAGAGGGGAGAGUUUGUUGACUUUGUUUAAUUAACUUGACAGGACUACUCCCAGAGCGACCCACCCAAGCUGUUCAUGUUUGCCAGCACAUUUAGAUGGUUCCAGAAAUAUCAGGUAAGCUUCCAAAAGUAUUCAGAAUAUUUCUGGUGAACAGCAUUUGGACUUAGAUUGAUGACAAUAGGAAAAAAAGCGUGAUUAGAUAUUUGUGCAUGGUGAGGAAAUUGUAGUUAGGUUUAAGUUUAGACAUUAACGCGAUUGGAGAGCUUCAUUUGUGUCAUUUGGUUAUAGGCUGUGGUGUUGUGGUAUGUGUCACGGCCAAUCAAGAGAGGAACUUAUUUUAAACGGAACCGGGUGAAGAAGCGUCCUCUUGGACGACAUUAUAGGUUAGCACAUUGUUCAUAGUUUCUUUUGUUUUUGUUCGUUAUUUUAUUAAAACAGCUUUAAAAAGAGAGACGUAAUAAAAUUCACAGACAUCAAAUUUAAGAUAAGACAACGAAAUUAAAGCUGAUUUUGGCGGAAAUCAAAUCUCUCUCUCAGAAAUGGUGACUGGAAUUUUGGUUUUUUUUCACAAUAGACUUUACUAGUAAUUUACGUAGCCUCAACUAAACACGAGUGGUGUUGGAUGAAUUUUGGGAGGUAUGCCAACCCUCGAAUGCGUCUCAGGUUUGCCUAACUUUCGAUCAUUCUCUCAACCUCCUUCAAAAAUACCCGCAAGUCCAAAAGCUGAAUGUUACGUGAUAAAUCUAUGAUGUACUAAACUAAAUGUCACCUUCCACAGGGAGGUCAAUUUAUCGCUGCAUUUUCCUGAAUUUUCUUGGUGGUACUGGGGCUCAUUUACACAACAAAGAGGGUUUGAGCUGUCACUAGGAAACGGUUUUCUAGAGACCACCUACCGCCUGGCGCUCAGAGAGCAUCGUGAUGGCCUGGUGCGGAGACCAGCUGCUGACUGGAGUGCAGCUAAACUUCGAAGUGAAGUGUUGAAUGUUACGUGUCAUUUGUACGGUUUGGAAGAAGUGGACGGAAAGGAAAGCAGUGAUGAGUAUGCGGAGGUGUGUUGGUGUCUCUUAACCUUUUACAUCCUAAUAUCAGUAUGCAUAUUCUCUAUACUGUUCUCUAUUGCGGAGAAAAAAUUGUGUAAAUCGAGAGUUUCUUUAAUUGGGGAUUAUUUCCUUUAUUCUUUUGACCUUAAUUUUUGAUUCAGGGGUGUUAUUGUAAGGAGAAAUUAGAUGUUAGUCUUACUCAGGGGUCAAAGGGUGAACCUUUUUACUGCUGAGGUCCUAACAACCACGAUUACUUAGCUUUGUAAAUGACAACUUCGUAUACUGACUGAGGUGUGCUUAAAAUAUAUGCACAUCACUAUUCAGCUUUAUUAAGACGCAACUCUGUGAACUGGUGUGUGUUUCGUUGGAUUUUUUCUCAUAGUAAAGUCUUACGAUACUUUCAAGAACUUAAAAUUGAUUAAGCUUUUGAAUCAAAACAUGAAUUAUAACCCAGUGAGUACUUGGAAAAACAAACGGUUUUUGUGGUUUAACGAAAACGAUUUUGCUUUAUUUAAAAUCAUUCUAUUGUUUUUCAGGUUAGUUCUAUAGACUUGGAACCCACAAAGUACUAUCUUCUUGCAGCAUCAAGGCGAGUUUUGUGUUGUGAAUACUCAAAAAAAUUAAAUUUUUAAACGUUCAAGAUUCAAGUUUCGCAAACCAAAUCAUGGCUGAGAUUUACCGUCGUUUGUUCCUAGCUAGUGCAAGACAAUUUGCUCAUUUGCUUGUAUGUGCUAACAGAAAAUGCGUGACAUUGUCAUUUUAUUGCAUUUCGGGGACUCUGCGCAAAAGGGAAUGAAUGGGGCGUUUUCCAUUCAUCAGGUCUGGCUGAACUUGAAGUGCUUCUUGCCAGUGUAAGUGGAAAACAGUAGACAGUUCCUUGUGAUUAUAAAUACCUGUUCUCUUGGGCGCGUUUCUUUACGAGAAGGACCUUGAAUUAUUUUAGUUAAUGAGCAUGUAGGGGGCGUCAAAACGAACUGGCUGAACUCAAACGACAGGGCUAAUUACAACACAACCAGUCGAGUUAGUUCUCAGAACUGACCCGUUUCAUUCAUGGACAGGACCAUUUGACAAAUAAAAAGCGACCUUAGGUUUGCUUACAUGUGAAUAUGCAACUGUUUUGCUAUUAAUGCAUCAGCGCUUUUCUUCUUCUUUGUGAGCAGGUUGGAGUACUCUCGUCAAGAAACGUCAAAGAAACAAGAAUCAUGUAUAGACGGCCCUCCACCAGAGCUUCAGGUAAGUUGUAUUUGUAUGGGUAAAAAUUCCGCUUGUGGCAGUUUCCUGCUGCACUCGGAAGAGGUAAUCCAAGUUUCUGCAGCAGAGAACAGUCAAUAGUAUCACCUAUCCUGUCCCAGUUGGCUCAUUAGUUCACCGCCGGCUCCCCCUCCCCCCCCUUUCACUGCUUCAUAGAUCUCUGUGGAAGGCACUGUAAGAAUGACGUGUCAUAAACUGCAUUUACAUGUAUAUUUAUCCUGGUCAAGCCAAGAGGGAAUGUAUGACUACUAGGCUUCUUGAUCAAAACUUGUCGUGCCGGUCCUUGGACAUGGAAACUUUCGGAGGAGAUUGUAAAGUGUUUGAUGGUAAUUUGUAUUCAGAAAGUUUAGCUCUCGACACGUUUCCUUGGUUCGUUUUAUUUGCUAAUGGUUAUGUCGAUCAGGAUGUGCUUGCUAGGGAAACAAGCCAGUUUAAAUGCUGCUUUAUCCAAGAGCACAACAUCACUGAAAUCCUAGUUAAGAAUUGAACCUAGAGUUCUCCCUAUCUGGUGUUAUCAUGUCAUCAUCAUUUCGUCUUCACUCAAUGCGGAGGAUAUCCCACGAUUAAGCUAAUUUGUUUUUAUCAAUAUUUCUCCGACAUAACAGAACUACAGUCAUCGCGUUGUGUGCCAUGACUUGAAGGGAGCCUGGACACUAACCAACCGUCGUAUAGCAUUUGGUCUGUUUGAAGCUUACACCAAUGCUCAGGUCAGAUGCACUGUGAUCACUGUUUAUGGAUCAUAUGAAGUUUUGGUAAAAUUAUAACGGUCCUCUUUGUUUACCAUCAGGUUUUGAAGAAAAACCUCUCCGCUGAUGCUCUAAAAUUCACAAUUAUGGAAAAGAAGGACAAACAGGUAUGUUUGGUGCCAUCACCAAACGGCACAGCACUAUUGAAGGUUUAAAAGGUGUAUUGAACAAUUCCCAUCAAGUGAUAAGUAUUCUGAACGAAGUGGUUCCAUGAUCGAAGGAAGAUGAUUGUAAUGAUAACUUCUGAAGUAGUUCCUGUUUUGGUUUUCCUUAAUACAUUUACUUUUCUUUUACUGUAUUGCACACUGUUGAAUUUUAUGGCGUGUCACUCGCCGGCUUUUUUGUGAGGUUUCUCUGAUAGUUAGCUGGUAAUCAUUUUUUACUCGAGGGUGGAGGGAGCACUGAAAGAGUUAAUUGUAACUGUAAACUCAAAGGCACACUUUGCCCACCAGGAUGAGUAUAAAGGAUCACUGGAUGCUUCAGCCAAGGCUCGAUCAGUGUCAGCAACAAACAUGCUGGAAAAACUUGUUAUGGAAAAGGAGUUGAAGUUCGUAGCGUUUGCUGAAGAGGUAUAGUAACACGACGCCAUGUUCGUCAUUUCGUAGAAUCCAUAGAGGUAGUCACGUUCGAAAUGGUUCUAAGAAUAGUCUGUUAAGUUGCAAACUCCUGUUGAUGUCAUUUCUAAGAACCGGCAUACUAAAUACUCUAUUCCUAUGAUUUAUAUAACUCUAUUUGUUGAGAAGACUACAAAGACCGUCAGAGAAAGUGAAAAAGGCAUACUCAACAUCUUUUCCUCUUCACCGAAGGCUAAACUGUAAAUAACAGUUAUUUUAACUCCUUCAGGGUACCGCUGAACACGAGCAAGUUACAGAAGCUCAACUUCAUGGAGUGGCUUUGAGUACAACAAAUGAUGUCGUCGAAUAUAACUGGCAUAGUAAGUAGUAGGCCUCAUUUGAAAAUGUGUACUUUGUUGACUGACAGACAGUAUCGGUCUCAGGUAGAACAUCUCUAGUAAGAGCAAGGGAAAACGGGCUCUCUUUAUAGCAUACGGUGUGGCUAUCCCCUGGUAAAUUAUUACAGAAAACUGCACUGAAAUCUGACGCUACCAGAUAAUACACAGAGUUAAGUCAUGAAGGUUAUAUCACCAUUUGUUUUUUUGCUAGUUGCACUGGUGAACUCACAGAUCGUUCUCAAAGGAAUUGAGUCUGAAGGAUGUGUACUGGUUGCAGCUGGUAAUGCCAAGAUAUUGAAUAGACUUCACACUCCAGUGUGGAGCAAAGGAGAGCUCUUUAACAAGAAGACAUGGGUGGGAAAUGUGGAAAAUCUACAGGUAUUUACCGAAGAAAAAACACAGGCUUCUAACAAAACAAGAUCUUUAUCUUUGGUGAUCAUUUACAGGUAAUCAUUUCCUUUUUCUCCAGUACUUUGCCACAGUAGGUGCCGAGGACAAUAUUGGUUUAGACAGCACUCCUUGGUUAAAUACCUCAGUGAUCACGGGCCGGCAAAACAAGAACUCGUUCGAUAUAGCCGACCUGGCCAACAUCGUGGGGUCAGGAGAGGCUGUUGGCGGAAUGGUAGAUGCAGAUGUUGGGAAUACAGGGCAGGAGCCCACGCAGUUACAGCGGAUUGUGGCUCGUUGCGGCUGUGAAUUUCAUUUUGUGAGCUUCAGUCCUGAUUUGGAUCCUGUUGCUGAAGAACAUGCACAUGAAGUCGUGGUGAGUAAAGUCUAAAGGAAAUUCUUCAUGUAAUGUUACUUUCUUGCAUGACAGAGCAAUUUCAGUUGAUUGUCGAUGGCAGUCUGGUUUUGUCCGAGAUCCUAUGGGUUCUUCUUUACGUCGGCCAUUGAUUGGCUGCCGAAAAAAUGCGCCUCCCCCUGAUUAGAAACAAGUUUCAAUCCUUCUGGGCGACUCGGUAACUUGUGUUUUUCCACUCUCCAGUUCCUUCUCAGAGUCUACUACUGCCUCCCUCCUUCUUUCUAUUUCGCCGUUGUGAUUUCUUUGUGUUUGGCUUUUCCACCUUUAUACUAAAUAAAAAGCUAUCAAACAACUAGGUACAUUGAAGUAGAAAAAAAUUGAAUUUGGUUGCCGUGAGCGCAGAUCAUAGUGAAAGCCUCUUCUGAGUGAAAAAGAGGAAAGGAGGAUGGAAACUUUCUGUGUAGCUCAAGGGGCAAUUUCAAAACAUUAAACCGAGUUGUUGAAGUAAUAUAUCAAACACUAGGAAGAGUGUUUCAUCCGAUAUCCAAACACCGAGAAGUGGUUGAGAAAACGAGGCGCAGCCGAGUUUUUUAUAACCAACUUCAAGGUGUUUGGAUAUCGGAUGAAACACCCUUUCGAAUGUUUGAUAUAGCUUCUCAAACCAUUAAUAAUUCUUGGAGAAAAUCAAAGCAAAAGUUCACCAGAUUUUAUGAUAAUUAAGAUCACAUAUCCAAACCUCCUUCACGGUUGUAAUUUCCUUUGUUUUCUCAGCAUGAAUUAGUAAUGAGUUUGAGAAAGUUUGUUGCUUAAAUGCAAAACAUUGCUGAAAUCUUGAGUGAUAUGACUGUAUGAUAAUGCUGGUAGUUUUAAUUCAAUUUGUCCAACAUUUAUUUGUUGUCACUCAUUUUAGCCUCCAUCGCAUUCCAGUCAUCUCCGAGAGGACAGACACGUGGCAGUAAACACUUUCACCAUCAGACACAAGUUGCUGGAGAUCUCUACUAACUCUGUAAGUUCUGUGUAAAGAAAUUCUGGAUUCAACUGCAACUUAAUUGCAUGUGACACUUCCCUACCCCACCCCUGUUGUCAAGAGAAACUGGCAAUUUAUGAUGGUAAACUAGCUCGAACCUGGUAUGUCCCCAAAUGCCUGCACAACGCUUGUGAAGUAAAGACCCUCCGCUUUUCCCCUCACAAAGGAUAUUUUUCCCCACCCAUCUAUCCUUCGUUUAUCCCUAAACAGAAGUCCGCCAGUUUUGCUGAUGUUAUUGUUUUUCUUUCCUGUAGGCUCAGUUCGCCAUGCUCAUUGACAUUGCCCAUAAUGUUGUGUUGUACACAGAACCUAAAAAGAAGGUGGGUAGUAGUUUCCAUUUACUCAACAGCAGGAACUCAACUUUACUGCAACUUCUUUAAAGCAAACACCAUACGAUCCACGUUACCGUCCGCUCAAUAAAGAUACCCUUACAUAGUGAUCAUUAUAUAUAUAUGUCAACAGGAAGCGUUUGACAGACUCCAGAGAAUGAGGUUUCAGUUACGUCUUUCCACUUCAGAAGAUCAACGAGCUCAAAUUCUUAGACUGCAGAACACUGUCAGGUAAGGAUGUUAUAAGCCUGCAAAUAAAUUGUAUCAAUGAUUGAGCCAAAAAAUUGCUACAACAUUGAUAGUAAUGCGCAAGACACCAAAGUUCAAUGGAACCCUACCGUGAAGCAUAGUAAUUUUACAGGUUUAGGUUUUACAAGUGUAUUGUGGAUUGAGGAGAAUUUCCUUAGUCUGCAAAAAUAAGUUCCCGCAGUAAAAAAAUCCGGAAACUAAAACGCCGCAAAAUGUGCCCCCUUUUGUCCAAACAAAGAUAGGGAUAAGGUAAGAUUUUUGUUUGAUUUUGUCGGUGUGUUAGCCCUGUUAAGAGUUCAGUUUAGACUUCAGUGAAGUGCCCUAACAUGAGACGUCAGCAGUUCUGUUUCGCUGUGGUCUUUUUUACAGUUGAGUUGUUUUUGUUUGUAGAUCUCUUCAGACGGAAAUGCGGAGGUUAGAGAGAGAGCUGUAUGAAGUGAACACGUUAAGAAAGGAAGUCAUCAAUGAUCAAGAGUAAGACUUUUUAAGUGCAACAGUUAGGGCGUAUUUCGUUUGCGUGUUGUAAAGGUCAGAACCAAAGUAAUAAAGAUGGUCAGAACUAUGAUGAAUACUUCAAGGAGUAAAUGGGAACCCAAACUAAACUCGUGUUAACCACCCUUAGCGCGGGAAAGCGCAAAUUUCCAAAUGGUCGCCGAUUGCCUUUUACUUAAGCCCAGAUUGGGUGAGUUGGCGCCUGUUUCUGUUGACCAAGCACAGAGCUGUUUCCGUCGUGUGUGUCUGCCACCAUAAAAAACUGCCUGAUGUAAAUAGUGCAAACUGAUUGUUUGAUCAGGUGAACAAUUUUCUGCGAUCAGCGUAUAAAAUAUAUUGCCUAUCGUCUCUGGUUUUAUCGAUCACAAUCAAAUGACUCCAGUUUUCUCCUUUACUCCGGGAUGAAAACAAAGCGAAAGAAAAUAUAGCGAUUCCUCACCCUGAAUUUUAUCUUGUUCAGGCUCACUGAUGCUGUUAUCCAUAUCGAGAGAGAAAUCAUACAGCUAAAGGAGGAGCUGAGUUCUUCAAGCACUGAACUGAAAAUUAUGAUAAGGUGAUUAGUCGUUAAUUUUUUAAAGCAUGAUAGAUACCCCUCUUUCUUCAACACUUGGACUAACGUUCCUCUAAGCCCGGUGGCUGUUAAAGCUGGUGGAGCUAAGAGUGCUGCUGUGGCUCCAGGUUGGGAGCCAUGGGUUUUCCUCGAUAUCUUUGGGACGAGUUCCCUAACAUUUUGGCUUCUACGUAUGUCUCUACAAGAAACAUACUGAUGGCGAUUUCCAUCGUUCAGGUUUGGCCAAAUUAAGAGAACUGUAUAACAGGAUUAAUACUGUGAAGAGGAGUGGGAGAGUUAAACAGUCCUCCAUGUAUUAUACAGAAACAGCUGUUUUGUCCCGCUGAAUAUUAAUAAAUGUUUUUUUUUCCUUCUAUAUUUGGCAGUGCAUACAAGGACUUUCUGAUGAAUUUGGACACACCUACGCCUGAGAAAGGUGAGACUGUUCUUCAAAGGUCUUACUGCAUUGAUCGAGUGGGUAACCAUUUGAAUGGUCAUUCGUUCAUUGGUCAAAAGAGAGUCGAGUUGAAGGGAAUCAUACGCGCUAGAUGAUUAGUAGUUUCUUGGGAUUUUUCUCAGUCCGCAGCACUCGUUAUGCCUUUUUCGUCUUGAGAAUAUUUGCGUGAAUAAAAAAGCAACAAUUAAUUACAUGACAAAGGUGAUGGGAUGGGAAAAAUAGAUCAGGUGAACGUCGAGUACACGACACAGAAAUCUUAUCUUCCUGUCCUAUCCUAUCCUGUCCUGCUGUGCCUUGCCAUCCUGUUCCAUCCUGUAGCGAUAUAUAUACAGGCCACAUACGAUAUUUUCAUAAUUUCUUCUGUUUCUCUGCUUCACUUUUCAGUUACCACUGCGGAGGUGAUUAAACUGGCUGAAGUUUACUUCAAUCAUGCUUCAUGGCAGCUGAAUCAAGAGGACGGACAGUUAGCCAUAGCCGAUGCAAAAUUAACUGACUUCAGGUAAAUAACCUGUUGUUGAAAAGUAGCUUAGGCCUAGAGUGGAAUUCAAGCAAAACAACAGGAUUAUAGAAUUAAAAUCUUGAUGAUGUGUAUUUGUGUUGUUGAUGUAAUUGUUUAUUUAUUUUUUGGUUUUUGUUUUGGUUGUUGUAGAGGUGCCCUUACGUUCUAGAAACAAAAAUGUUAUCUUCGGUUGACCACGGUAUAUAUUACUGGCCAUUCAUAACUCGUCAGAUUACUCAGCAACAUAAAGGAUAUAUUUCCUGUUGAAUAACUCGGAUCAAUAUCAGUAUCUGGGCAACUGCCCACCUACCCCUCCCCUAAUUCAACUAGAGUCAAUUGACAACAAGUUAAGGUUAAUGUUGGGUUAGGGGAGGGGUAGGUGGGAAGUUGCUCAGAUACUGAUAUUGAUCCAAUAAUUCUUUCAAAUGACUUUGUUAGUUACAGGAAGACUACUCUCAGGGGCUCCACUGUAGAACAUCGGUUAGAAUUAGGAAAGUUUCACGUUAGAAAUCUGUUACCCAACAGCAUUUAUAAGGUGAGCUGACUAUACUGAGAAUUUCCUUGAUUUCUAUUAGAGCUUGAAAGACGUAGUGGUUUAGUGGUAAGCGAACUGGACUCAGGAGUGACGCUUUUAUUCAUCUGUUUCUUUCUUGUAUAUCUGAUUUAGGAUGCUAUGAGCCCGCUAGACGUCAGCGGUAAGGGUCACGUGGACAGAGCCGUGGCUGUACGGAUAUUCAGUAGAGUGAGGCCGCCAGGUUUGUGAACAAAACUUCUCGAUUCUAGAAUUAGUAUCAGUGAUUGAGGAUACCGUUUAGUGCUGAUUUCAGGGCAUUAUAUUCAUUAUUCUUAGGCAUGACCAUGGAGAAAAAAUGUGUGUUCAUUUCUUUCUACAGUUGGAGGAAUUGGAGUGAAGGAGCAUUUUGAAGUGAACGUAUGUCCGCUGGCCGUUCGCUUGACGCACCGCUUGUUCAAGAAAGUCAUGGUGUUUUUCUUUCCCCAGCGAGAGCAUGAAUAUGAGGGUGAAGUGGGAGAAGUAGAGCUUGGAUUCAGAGGUUAGUAGUGUGUUCUCACCCCAAUACUUUUACGUGUCCUUCGUCAAUGUAGGCAAAGCCCUUCUCAUAAAAUCAGUUCAUUUUAGGAAGGUGUAUAUAAAUAAUGAAACAAUUGUGUCUUAAUUUUGCCAGGGAUGGAAUUUGAGGAAAAGGAGAUGUUCAUUUACGAAGAUGAGGUAAAAUAGGCGGAACCUUUUUCAGGCCAUGGCAGUUUGACUCCAACACAUUCUUAAAUUGUAGAGAAUACGAUUCAACUAGCUACCACAGCCCUUCUUUACAAAACCUUUUUUCAUCUUUGUCUAAACGCAUGCUAACAGAUAUAAAAUGUAAACAUUUGAUUACUGAGAAGAACACUUUUUGGUUGAGUGUCGAACAUGAUCCCUGGUUGUUUUGGGUUCGCUUUACUUCCGUCCUUAAUUGGUCAAGAAAAUUGCGCCAUCCUUUCAACCAAUCAAAUGCCGGUUGGAAACCAUUAGCCGUUUCUUUACUUUCGUUUUCCCGCGCCGUGGGGGGCAUACUUGAACGUAUUUGCAUGGAUUUCUCAGUCGCUCCUUGUGUCGUUUUCCUUUGGUAUAGUUUGCUCUCCCUCUUUUUUUUCCUUUGGUUUCACGUCACUGAAUAAUAUAUAGAUUUAGCCAAGCCUAAAAGCGGUGCUCGCAUUUUUUUCCCCGUACGCCCCAAGUGCACAACGCUUUGCCCCGGCCAGGACUAGAACCCGGGUCGUCCGACUCGGAGCCCAGUGCACUGACCACUGGACUCCUGGACAAAACCGUGGCGUUGGCGUGCCCGCGGUACAGUUGACCACGCAUGUUAAAAGUAGCACCUUGUACGGUCGAACGGUCGAAAGUCCAAAUUUUCUCGGCUUGAUGGGUUACUACUACCAUUUUGUAUAAUUAUGGGGCUACGCUCUGCGAGCUCCGUUAGAAACGCACUCUGUCCUUUUAUAUUUUAUCAGGAUUUCUUAGGUCCUCCUACAGGUGGUAAAGCGACAUCUUUGAAGCGAUCUCCGAGUUCUCUGUCUGCAGUAUCAGGAAGUUCCAUAGAAUCCUUCAGACAUAAGAAAAGUAACACAACACUGACAGACUAUCCUCCUACGUCGCCAUCAAACAAGGAUAAAGGGGUAAGAGAAUCAAAUUUGGCGAAUGUGUAAACACUAAAUUUCCUAAAGGGCUUUUCAACGAGAUGUAUAGCAGUCACGAGUGCGAUUUACGAACUAGAUCUCUGGGGUUGAAUUUUUGAUAACUCAAGCGCGAAUGAACAAUUCCUAUAGUCGGCAUUUGAAGAUUACAAUAAAUGUGUAAAGUUUGUGGCAUAACUCAGAUAAAUACAACACAAAAGAGCAAAACACAAGGGAGGGGACGGGUAACAUUAGUUGUUCGCAGCCGGUUUUUGGUCUUGUCACGCAAAAUGCUUUUUUUUUUAUUAUCAUUCGUAUCCAUUUGAACCACAGACAAAGAAGAAAAGUACGUUUUACAAACGAAUCAGCGAUUACGACGACCUUGACAAAAUGAAGGUAAGCUGUGUACUGAUUGUGUUACGUGAUAUCCACGAGUAUUUAGAAAUAUAAGAAAGUUUUCCUUCUUGUUGGUGAAGGUGGAGGGGGGGGGGGGUGGUUGAUUGGAUGAUGCGCUGCGCCCAAAUUUGCAAAAUUUCCCCGGGGUACUUUGGACAGUAUCGUACGAUUUUGGACACCAGAGUCUGAUUUUGUACAGUUGUGUCCGAUUUUGGACACUAGUGCUUGAUUUUGGACACUAGUGUUUGAUUGUGGAGGUUAAUGUCUGAUUUACGACACUACACUAGUGUCUGAUUUGGACACUAGUGUGAUAAUAGUUUGUGGAUAAUGAUGCACGACGCACUGAUGGGGAAUUACUUUAACUACUUUAAGUUUUUAUAUGCAGCUGAAAUGAAGUGUUUUGUUCUGUGUUUACUUUUAAAAAUUACUCACCUAAUGGAAAUUCAUUUGCUUUUUCCAGGAGAGGGCCUCUAAGAAUAACUCUUUUAUUUAUGUAAAGAUCCCUGAAGUGUCCUUACUUGUCAGCUACAAGGUUUGUUAUUAACUUAUGUUCGUGAAUUUUCAAUUAUUCCCCUGAAGCAAUAUUCAGAGAAAAGAUCAACGAUACUUUUCAAGUUUCGUAGGUGUUAAGUAAAUGUUGUCGUAAUGUAAGGUUGAUUAACAAUCGUCUUAUUUGACAUAUAAAGCGGAGCAAGGAAGAAGGUAAGUUAGUUGGGGGUAAAAAGACGAUUUAAAACUUUCCACAAGUAGGUCCAUGUUCGCUUUCUCCACCCUUUCCCACCAUUUUUUUAGCCAUGUUAGCCUCCCCUCUUCUAAGGUAAGUAUAUUCUUUCUUCUAAUCAGCAUUAUGUCGCUUAUUUCUUUAGGGCGAAAAAGACAGGAACAUUAUGGAUGUUCAUGACUUCAGCCUGCUCAUUCCCACCUUAGAGUAUCACAAUCGUACAUGGACGUGGCAUGAUCUGUUGAUGGCCAUGAAGAAAGACUGUGUCAAUGUGCUUGUAUCACAAGUAAGUUCUUCACAAUAGACCUUUCCUUUACCCUUAGACGACCAGUUUGCAUUUAUUCGUUUUUAUUAUGCAUUUCUCGGUCGUAAGACAAGUUGAGACUUGGAGAUAUUGUAUCAUAACUUUCAGGUCUCCUUCUUUAAGUACUUGGUUUUUCUGUUUGUUUACCGGUUAAAACUUGAUUGUUCUUUUUUUUGUAGGCUAUAAAGGAAAAGCUACAUCUUGUAGGAGGACAUGGCACAGAAACCAAGGAGUCCAAAUCACAAGCCAAGUGAGUUUCUUUUUCGCAGCUGUUACUAAGAAUAUAAAGAAGCGCAACACCUCUCGUUAGUUUUAAUUUUGAUUGUCACGUAACGCAACUUCACUGUGGCGGCAGUGAUGGGUGGCAGCUGCGAAGUGGGCUGGUGAAUUAUGAAUUGGAGAUAAAAAGAGGAGUUGUACCAGGUUGUGACCACUUACAAGUGUGUGUUUGUAAACAAAACCAUAAGAUUUGAUGUCCGUUGGUCUUAUCCACCCUUUUUCAUAGUUUCGCCUAUCAUCAAACUCUUUCGAACAUCGUUUCUCAAAUGUUUUGAAAACGCUCCGUCUCAAGCGCGAACAGGUGAAAACGGAAGCCCUACAAGACGGUAACGCAUACGGCGUCACAUAUAUUUGCUUCCGUAAACAUUUCGGACAGGGAAAAAAAUGAUCGAAAUUUAAACGAAAAUGUUUAGUCUGGUGUAGCUGUGAGGGCAUGGGACUCGUUAAAAAUGCAAUUGUGUAAUCGGGGCUCAAGUGAUCUACUCUUGUUUUUUUUCCUUUCUCUCAGGGAAGAAGAUAAAGCACGCAUGCUUUUAGGAGGCUUUGUAAGUUGAUAAGAUGUUUCAGGGUUUAUUCUAGAAAUUUGUCAAAGAAGACCCAGUUGGCCCCCUUCUAUAAUUUUAGGGAGAGCCCUUCGCUUAAAAAGGGCGCCCAAAAUAUUUAAAUGUGGUGCCCCUGGAGGUAUUGACAUAAAUUUAUGCUGCAACUUCCUUCUCUUAGCUAAGAUCUAGGAUAAAUUUUGUGUUAUAAGGCUUAACUUAAAGAUCAAUGUGAUUUCUUUUCUCUCUGUUUUAUCCGUUGGGCGCGACCUUCCGGUUAUGUUCUUUUUCCUUUUAUUUCAGCAACAGAAAGAUCAGCAUAAGAAGUCAAAGAAAAAGUUGUUUGGCAAAUUGGCGAAGGUCGCUCGAGGCUCGAAACGAAAAGGUUCGUGUGACGGACUUGUCACCAACAAGACAACGAUAUUUCACCAAGAGAAUAUUAACAGUUUAUAUUUCUUAAUUUUACUUUCUGUCUUAAAGAAUUUUUUAUGGUCCUCUUCAAUAUCAAAUUACUUUUCUUUGCAUACGACAUAAAGCUGGGUCUUAAUUAUAUACCAAACAAGCCUUUUGUAAGUUUAUGGCGUACCGAUUUUUAAUCGAGUCUUGGAACUAAUCGAGAUCUGAUUGGUUUUGUUUAAGUACGCUCUGUAAAUGCUCAAAAACUUUUGCGCCAUUCUCUCAGCCAAUCAGGUGUAGAAUAAAAAAAACAAUUGAGACUUGCACCGUGAACAUGUGUUUACUCUGAGUUCUCAUUGGUUCCUUGUUAAUGUAAAACCUUGUUCUGAUUGGCUAUGGAGAAUACUUUGAUUUUAGUUAAACGAUACUCCGUUGAAAUGCGACGUCUAACAAAAUAACCGGGAACCGUAUCUAGUCUUACUACAAAUCCGUAUAAACAUGUAAACUUCAAGCCUUACCUUGUUAUAGUCUAAGAUAGAUCACUUGAUACGUCAAGUCUCACUAUCACUGAACAACCGUACUAAACACAACUUUAUUCUCCCCAGGUCUCUUGCAGCCUGACGGAGCAGGCCCUGAGCCUGUUGACCUACAAGAAGAUCAAGAUUUUGAGGAAUUCGGUACCUUUGAGAUCGAUGAUCAACCACGGACAGAAGAUGACGAUGAAGAUAAAGAUGAUACCGGUUAAAUUAGCUGAUGAAGUUACAACUUCUGUGCUUAAAUUACAACUUCUGUGCAAAAUGAGGGGAAAUCAAGAAUAGAUUAGAUGGAGAAUUCCCAUAAUAAAUCAACAAUCAGCCUUGCGAAUUUUUUUUUAUGAACGGGAUAAAAAUAUGAAUGUAGAAGUCACUCUUUGUCCUAGAACAAAAAUUUCCAACCUACAUUAUUUGAAACACAUACCAUUCUUGAGGAUUACGUAUUAGGUGGUUUUCUACUUGCUUUCUCUAACGUAGAUUUUAAGGUGCAACUUAAAAGAGGAUGGGGAAUUGACACUUAGUUGUAUUUUGAACGGUUCGAUUUUUUUGACAGAACAACUUACGUGACCAGUGAAAGAUGAAUAUUGUGAUACCACUGGUUACGUAGAGAAAUUAUUUAAAAUUACGUUUUCAAAAUGAGAUGUACAAUAGUAAUUAAGUGCGAGCUGGAGGUAUUAUUUAACCUUAGAGGCUUAGCUGUGAAUUUUGUUUACGAUUAUUUGCAAUCAAAUGUCAAGACGAGUUCAUAAAUAUCGUGGAUACCCUAG